UAUUUCUAACUAAAGGAACAUUGAGGGGAAAAGACCAAAACAAAAAAAAAAUUAACCGUGAGAUUAUCGAGUUAAUCUUAAACGAAGAUCCCAUUGCUUGCGUUUCUUUGUCUCGGUGGUCAGCGAUUAUGGGGCGGAUGGAUUAUCUGGCGAUGAAGACCGAAGCGGACAUGACUGCUUCUGUCGGCUCCGACAUGGAGGAGCUCAAGAUCGCAGCAAGGAAACUCGUCAACGAUGCUGUGAUGCUGGGUGGGUUGAGUUUUGGAACCUCUUUUCUCAAAUGGAUCGCUUCUUUCUCUGCCAUUUACUUGUUGAUAUUGGAUCGUACUAAUUGGAGGACCAACAUGCUUACUGCGCUUCUUGUACCGUACAUUUUAUUCAGUCUUCCCGGUGUUAUUUUUCACUUCCUAAGAGGAGAUGUUGGGAAAUGGAUUGCUUUCAUUGCAGUUGUAAUCAGGCUUUUCUUUCCACGCCAUUUCCCAGAUUGGCUGGAGAUGCCGGGUUCUUUGAUACUGCUUCUGGUGGUUGCUCCAAACCUAUUUGCAUACACAAUAAGGGGGCAUUGGAUGGGACUGGUGAUAUGCCUUUUCAUCGGAUGUUAUCUUCUUCAAGAGCACAUCCGAGCUUCUGGUGGAUUCAGAAACUCCUUCACUCAGAGCCGCGGAGUUUCCAACACUUUGGGAAUCAUCCUUCUCUUGGUUUUCCCCGUCUGGUCCUUGAUCCUUCGUGCCUCUUAAACUGCCUCUACUCUCCCUCCCUCUCUCCUUUUAAACUGAAACUGAUCGAAUAAAUCGCUUGGAAACGUUCCGGAUUUACAAUUGCUUCUCCUCCUGUUUCUGUUGCGGCUUUUUAGCUUGGUCUUGCAUUUACUUUACUACUCUCAAAGUUCAUUCAUAUAUUUAUUUAUCGUGCA